AUGGCCGAGGGUUACGACACAACCCGCUUUCAUUCAACUAUUGACGAGGGCUUUGUUUGCUGUAUCUGUCUCGGUGUCUUACAAGAUCCAAAGCAAUGUGAGAACAACGAGCACUAUUUCUGUUCUGGUUGUAUCAAGAAACACCUGGAGAAGACCUCGCAUAGUUGUCCUGUCUGUCAAGAUAAACUGACGGUAGAGACAUUGCGUAAGGCUCCAAGAAUUGUGGCCGACUGUGUUUCCCGUUACAAGAUCAGUUGUGACCAUGCAGCGAGAGGCUGUGAUGCGGUUCUCGAGCUUGGAGCUCUACAGGCACACGUUGUUCAGGACUGUGAUUUCAAGCCUGUCACUUGCUCAAAUGACGGUUGUAACGAAGUCGUGAGCAAACGAGAUGUAAAGCAACACGAGCUCGAUUUAUGUCGCUUCAAGACGACAACCUGUGACGACUGUGGGAAAAAUAUGUCUCAUCAUGAAUAUGGCACCCAUGGCUGCGUACUGCGACGUGAUGUAGACGAAAUGAAGAAAGAUCUAGCGGAAGUGAAAGCCACGCAACACGAAAUGAUGACGUGCAUGCAACGAGUAACGAUUGCGGUUGAAAGUCUUCAAAAGUCUGUAAACUCCAAGAGUACUGAUAUUGUUGUCGUCGCUGGUUGCAAUUACAAAACAAAUAAGAGUCUUUGUUCUGUUGAGCGAUUUAACUGGUUAAAGCAGACCUGGACACAACUGCCAGGGUUGAAAAUAGCUCGAGCGGGUUCUGCAGCUGUGGUGUUUAAGAAUCAAGUGUUUGUUUGUGGCGGGUUCAGCGAUUCUGUUGGGCGUCUGGAUAGCAUCGAAGUAUUGGAUCUGAAUGAUAAUCCUCCAGAAUGGCACAAGUUUUUUGUCACUCGUCCUAUCAAGGUCACUGCAUGGUCACAAGUGCAUCGUCCAUGGCGAUCGUUUGCUGAUCAUUGGUGGCGAAACGAAGUCAGGCGAGAGUUUGGAUACGAUAUACGAGCUUCUCCUUGUUCCUCCGUAUUCAUCCAAGUUGCUUUGUCACAUGAAGAAGAAACGAGCGUACCAUGGAGUGGAGUUGUUCGCUGGUAA